UUAAUAAUUGUGAGUGAAACACUUUAAGGUUUACCAGCGCUUGUUGUUUGUGAUAAUUUUCUGUGAAAAUAAGUGAGCUUUGAAAUAUAUAUAUAAGGAGAAAUCUAUUUAAAGCAAAUAGGCAAACUAUAUUGAGAAUUACUGCAGAGGAGAACCACUAUUUUUUUUAUUGAAAAACUAAUUUCUUUGUGAAAAAGAAGGUUAAGCACCCUUUCCAAAAUGCAAAUCUUCGUGAAGACCUUGACUGGCAAGACCAUCACUCUGGAGGUUGAACCAUCCGAUACUAUUGAAAAUGUUAAAGCUAAGAUUCAAGACAAAGAAGGAAUCCCCCCAGAUCAACAACGUUUAAUCUUUGCCGGUAAACAACUGGAAGACGGACGCACUCUGUCCGAUUACAACAUCCAGAAGGAGUCUACACUUCAUUUGGUUCUUCGUCUACGUGGUGGCAUGCAGAUUUUCGUCAAAACUUUGACGGGAAAAACCAUCACUUUGGAGGUUGAGCCUUCCGAUACCAUUGAGAAUGUCAAAGCUAAAAUUCAAGAUAAGGAAGGAAUCCCCCCAGAUCAACAACGUUUGAUUUUCGCUGGCAAACAGUUGGAGGAUGGACGCACACUGUCCGACUAUAAUAUUCAAAAGGAAUCCACUCUACAUUUAGUUCUACGCUUACGUGGUGGUAUGCAAAUCUUCGUUAAAACUUUGACGGGUAAAACAAUUACUCUGGAGGUUGAACCUUCCGAUACAAUUGAAAACGUUAAAGCAAAAAUUCAGGACAAGGAGGGUAUUCCUCCAGAUCAACAACGUUUAAUCUUCGCCGGUAAGCAAUUGGAAGACGGACGUACCUUGUCCGAUUACAACAUCCAAAAGGAAUCUACUCUUCACUUGGUAUUGCGUCUCCGCGGUGGUAUGCAAAUCUUCGUAAAGACCCUCACCGGCAAAACCAUCACUUUGGAAGUUGAGCCUUCAGAUACCAUUGAGAACGUAAAGGCCAAGAUCCAAGAUAAGGAGGGUAUUCCUCCAGAUCAACAACGUUUGAUCUUCGCCGGUAAGCAAUUGGAGGACGGACGCACAUUGUCCGACUACAACAUCCAGAAGGAGUCUACUCUUCACUUGGUAUUGCGUCUCCGUGGUGGAAUGCAAAUCUUCGUGAAGACCCUCACUGGCAAAACCAUUACCUUGGAAGUUGAACCUUCAGAUACCAUUGAGAACGUUAAGGCUAAGAUCCAAGAUAAGGAAGGCAUUCCCCCAGAUCAACAACGUUUGAUCUUCGCCGGUAAGCAAUUGGAGGACGGACGUACCUUGUCCGAUUACAACAUCCAAAAGGAGUCUACUCUUCACUUGGUAUUGCGUCUCCGUGGUGGUAUGCAAAUCUUCGUGAAGACCCUCACUGGCAAAACCAUCACCUUGGAAGUUGAGCCAUCUGACACCAUUGAGAACGUUAAGGCCAAGAUCCAAGAUAAGGAGGGUAUUCCUCCAGAUCAGCAACGUUUGAUCUUCGCCGGCAAGCAAUUGGAGGACGGACGCACAUUGUCCGACUACAACAUCCAGAAGGAGUCUACUCUUCACUUGGUAUUGCGUCUCCGUGGUGGAAUGCAAAUCUUCGUGAAGACCCUCACUGGCAAAACCAUCACCUUGGAAGUUGAGCCAUCUGACACCAUUGAGAACGUUAAGGCCAAGAUCCAAGAUAAGGAGGGUAUUCCUCCAGAUCAACAACGUUUGAUCUUCGCCGGUAAGCAAUUGGAGGACGGACGCACCUUGUCCGAUUAUAAUAUCCAAAAGGAAUCAACCCUCCACUUGGUAUUGCGACUCCGUGGUGGUAUGCAAAUCUUCGUGAAGACUCUCACCGGCAAAACAAUCACCUUGGAAGUUGAGCCUUCGGAUACCAUUGAGAAUGUCAAAGCCAAAAUCCAAGAUAAGGAGGGAAUCCCACCAGAUCAACAACGUUUGAUCUUCGCCGGCAAGCAACUUGAGGAUGGACGUACUUUGUCCGACUACAAUAUACAGAAGGAAUCGACACUCCAUUUGGUGCUACGUCUUCGCGGAGGCGCAUUCUAAAUUUAAAUAGAAAAUCGCCAAAUUCAAAAUUCAAGAGUAUUCAAUGUAUCUCGUUAAUUUAGCUCUAUUUUGUAAUUUAACGCUUUUUACAUCAGUUCUGAUUAAAAAUUGAAAUAUACCGUUUUUAUGUUUAAAAGAAAAUAAAUUAUCUGAUGCACUAUUUCAA